UCUGAUUAUUCAAGAAAAUAUGGCUGAUUCUCAUUACGAAGGAAUUUUAAGUACAGUAUACUGUGCGGGAUGCGGAGGUGAAACGUCUCUAGAAAGAAUUAGCGAGCAUCCCUGUUUUCAAGGAGACAAUACGGAUCUUUAUCUCGACGGGAACAUCGUUAGCAACUCCUCCGAACAACUUCAAAAUUUUCUAGAUGGUUGCAAUAAGAGAUGUAACAUCAACAAAGCACAUGAAUCAUCUGUCGAAGAGGAAGCCGUAAUGCAAGACAUAGAAGUAGAUGAAGAUGGAGUGGCAGUAACAUCCGAUGAAAACUAUAUCCAUAUGUUGGAGUUAAUAAAAAAUAAACCAUGCAUAUGGAAUCACAAUCUGCCAUUAAGCAAGCGUAGUCCAGGCUUAAUUGCUGAUGCAUGGAUCUCAAUUUUGAAAUUCUUUAAAGGUUGGAAUGUAGAAGCAAUUAAAAAACGCUUCUCCAAUUUAAAAGUAACGUAUACUAGGAGGAAGAAAGGAGCUCCAAGUGGUUCAGGCGCUUUUCCAAGAAAACGUUGGAUUCUAGAUCCGUAUAUGACCUUCUUACACGAUAUUCUGCAAGAUGAAGGAAGAAGCACAAGGAGUAAUGUAUCUCCAGAGCGAGGUAGUUGCACGGAAGAUUCGUCACAAGAAUAUUUUACAGCGCCAGAAGGUUCCGAGGAUGAAAAUAUUUCCAGCAUAAAGAAAGGAAACUUUCGGUUUACAGCUGCAAGUUCUCUAGGGAAAAAGCGAAAACCGACUGAGGACUCGCUGGAAGCAGCAGUUGUGCAAUUCAUUUCAGAGAAACGCGCAAAGUCUAAUCAAAACGUAUUGAAACCAAUAGAACAAUGGAGUUUGUGGCUGGCAAAUGAAAUUUCCAGUUUUCCAUUAAUAAGUGACAGAUUACAAAUCCAAAAUUAUAUAACAAAUUACAUUUCGGAAAAACGUUCAAGCAUUGAAAGUGAAUAAAAUUUUGUUAACUUUAAAAAUAUAAUUGUAAGUAUAACAUUACAUAAAGUGAUACAAAAAGCAGAUUUUGUAAAAUUUCAAAAUCGCGUUAUACAAAGUA